AUGUGCACCCGUUAUGUGAUUAAGGUCACAUUGGCCCACAACGAAGAUGAUGUUCUGGAGAUGAGCAUCAAGCCUGAGCCCAAACGAAAUGAUGCAGACAAGAGAAGAUUGGAACAGUUCAGAGUCAGCGAGAAGCUCACCGAAGACUCGUGGAACACCCUACAAGACCACAUGAAGAGGGCUCAAAACGUCAUAUUCCCAGAUGAUGACAGAGACGACGGCAGAGUGACAGGAAUCAGCAAAGACGUCCUUUCAAUAACAAUCAAGGGUCCCAAGAAGAAGCCAUUGCAGCUAGUCGACCUUCCCGGCCUGAUUGCGUUUCAUGCCGACCAAGAGACCAUCGAUGCAAUAAAACAACUCGUUCUCAAGCACGUCAUGAUGGAAAACUCAACCGUCCUUGCCAUCGUUGACGGAAGCAGCGACCCCGAUAUUGCGGCGAUCUUGACGAUGUGCAAAGAACACGCACGUGGACGAACGAUUGGAAUAGUCACGAAACCUGACAAGGUUUCUGAUACCGAGAGAUUCGUGAAAAUCGUGAAAGGCGAAGAGCCCGCUUACGAGCUGUUCGAAUGGCACGUCCUUCGCAAUCUUGACCGAGACUCCGAUGGUGCAGACUUUUCCAUGAGUGAGAGAAACCGUCAGGAGAAGGACCUUUUUAAGCAGCCCCUGUGGAAUCAAAUUCCCGCACGCCAACUUGGGAUUCACAAGCUUCGGUAUAGGCUGCGGAAGAAGUACUUCGCAGCCACCAGUAAGGAAAUUCCUGGAUUCAGAAGAAAGGUCGAACAACUCUUAGCUGCCGAGAAAUUCCGCAAUUUGGACGAUCCUAUGCGGGACGAUGUGUUGAAAACAGUAUUCAAGUUAGCAGUCGAACGACUAAGAACGGCUGCUCGGGAUCACGCCAAAGGCGAGUACGAACACGACCUCGCUGAUCGACCUAAAGAUGGUCCUGAACGUCUCAGAGCACGCGUCGUUAAGCAGGACCAUCUUUUCAAGUUAUACAUGCAUGAAUUCGGCCAUUCGUGGGUUUCUGUUGCCAGCCUGUCGCCCAUGCAUUCCAACCAUGACGUGCUCGAGCACCAAAUGCCAGACAUUCCACCAGAAUCGUUUUCAACCUCGAACCGGAAGGAGUACGCAGAUAUCGACGAGGAAACUAACAUGGCAUCCGGAGCGCUCGAGGACAGCAAAGGCACCGAGCUGGCGAACUUCUACAACCCGAAAAGGAUUGACCAGUUUUUCUGGGAGUUUUCGAGGCCUUGGUUUGAAAUCGCCAAAUUUCACGUGAACGAGAUUCACACUCGUUGCAAGGUAUACUUUGAGGUUAUGACCAAGAUGAAGUUCCCAAGAACACGCGAGAGCAUCGAGCUUGAUCAAGAGGUGGAUGGCUUCGAUAACCCUGAUGUUGUGGCCACUCGUUUCAUGGAAACCUACAUCAUGCCGAAGCUACAUAAUGCGAAGAAGGAGGCUGGCUACGAACUAUGGCGCCUCGAAGCAGAUAGACGAUCUUUCGCCAAGAACGCUGACGACCGCUUUCUUUUGGAGCAGCAGGAGUUUCGCGAUGCCGAACAAUGCCAAGAAUUCAUAGCCGCGACCCGCCGCCACAGAAAUGGAACAGGCGUAAACGGAGACGGCCCAGGAACGGUCGACGCGGAAGCUUAUGCGAAGGAUGGUCAGCUGUCGCGACCGAAGAUCCACCAGAACCACGUCGCAAAAGGCUAUCUGAAAGCGAUGCAUUCCCACUACUUUAUUGCGCGAGACAUCUUCAUUGCGAACGUCCUCAUGCAGGUUGAGGAGCGGCACUUCCUUCGCAAGAUUGAGCAGCUGAUACCUGACGACCUAUCAUUGGAUCAGAUCAGAGAACUCACCAAGGAGAAUGAUGAUACAGCCAUGAGAAAGAGACAGCUCAGGGAAGAGAAGAGGAGACUAAAAGAGGCAGAGGCCGCUCUUCAGUGCUGGGAGCAAACGUGA